CAAUGAACUGUUAACAGGCUGACGGUUAUUUUCUGAGGUUUUAAUUCUUGAUGUAUUUCACAGAUCUCUUACAGAUCCUUUGAUAUUGGGGCUCGGGGUUGGGCCCAGGGGGAGCCGCCACCAUUGCGUCCAACGAGUGGAGUGCCAACGGUAGCCCAGAAGAUGGGCUGGACGGGGACAGUGAGGACAAGGCCAUGGACGGGGACGCCGAGGGAGUUUGGAGCCCGGACAUCGAACAGAGCUUCCAGGAGGCCCUCGCCAUCUACCCACCCUGUGGCAGGAGGAAAAUCAUCCUGUCUGAUGAGGGAAAGAUGUAUGGUCGCAAUGAAUUAAUUGCAAGGUACAUCAAGUUAAGGACAGGCAAGACCCGCACAAGAAAGCAGGUGUCUAGUCACAUACAGGUGUUAGCACGGAAGAAAGUUCGUGAAUACCAGGCGGGUAUAAAGGUUUCUAGCCACUUGCAGGUUCUCGCCCGGAGAAAAUCUCGCGAGAUCCAGUCAAAGCUAAAGGAUCAGGCAUCUAAAGACAAAGCCCUGCAGAACAUGGCGGCACUUUCAUCUGCACAGAUCGUCUCCCCGAGCAUGAUAAAGAAUCACCUUCCACCACUUUCACCUGCCCCGUACCAGCCGGCCAGAUUCUGGCCUGCUCCAAUCCCAGUACAGCCUGGGCCCUCUCAGGAGAUGGUUCUAGAUUUCAACCCGGGAAGGACUCCUGGGCUCAGCCGCACCAGCCAUGCCAUCAAACCUUUUGUGCAGCCCGCAUACCAAAGUCUACCAGGACCUGUACAGCAACCCAUACCAGCUUAUGAGCCCUUGGCGCCCCCUCCUGCACCAACAGCUACUGCGGUCCCGGUGUGGCAGGAUCGAACGAUUGCUUCCUCCAAGCUGCGGAUGCUGGAGUACUCAGCCUUUAUGGAGGUCCCCAGAGACCAAGACAGUUACAGCAAACACCUGUUCGUCCACAUCGGACAGAGCAAUCCAUCCUACAGCGACCCGCUUCUGGAAGCUGUGGAUAUCCGGCAGAUCUACGACAAGUUCCCUGAGAAGAAGGGCGGGCUCAAAGAGCUUUAUGAGAAAGGCCCCCAGAAUGCUUUCUUUUUGGUGAAGUUCUGGGCUGACCUGAAUAGCAGCGGAAUGCCGGAUGGCCCAGGUUCCUUCUACGGUGUCAGCAGCCAGUACAGCAGCGCCGAGAACAUGACGAUCACUGUUUCAACCAAAGUUUGCUCUUUUGGCAAGCAGGUUGUUGAGAAAGUGGAGACAGAGUACGCCCGUCUGGAAGGAGGAAAGUGUGUUUACAGAAUCCACCGCUCCCCAAUGUGCGAGUACAUGAUCAACUUUAUCCACAAGCUCAAACACUUGCCUGAAAAAUACAUGAUGAACAGUGUUCUUGAAAACUUUACAAUCCUACAGGUGGUGACAAACCGUGACACACAGGAGACUUUGCUUUGUAUAGCAUUUGUUUUUGAAGUUUCCAAUAGUGAACAUGGAGCUCAGUAUCACGUCUACAGACUUGUUAAAGACUAACAGCUCUUCAGGGGAGUUCUGGGAAAGCCAGACAAAAGCGUGACACAAUCUCUCUUUGACCAGCUCCUGGAAGAAAACUUCAAUAAAAAAAAAACAUUAAAAAAACACUAGACCGACCUAACAUGGACACAUUUAUGCUUUAGAGAAAGCACGCAAGGAAAAAAAGUGUUGACCUGCCAGCAUUCAAAGAAAUUUGAAGAACUGCGGACAACCAGCUAUUUUCCAAGUGCUUAAACACGAUUGAGGUGAAGUGGGUGACUUUUGCCAAUGUAAUUGAUAGAGCUGGAAAUGUUUUCUUGAGGGAAUGAGAAUGUGUUUGGGGUUGAAAAGAUUUCGUAACCGCGGGAACAUGCUCUGAGCUGGAGAAGUAUAUGUUGGAUUGAGUGGAGAGAACAGGACCACGGAAAGGGGUGGAACCAGAAGGAAGUGGUAUGUUUGUUAGUAAAGCAAGUGCCUUCUCGCCAAAGGUUAUAUCAUUGCCUGCCACUUUGGAUUGCCUUUUUACUACCUCUUGUUUUUGAAUUAACAGAAAAUAGUCAUCCAGGUGUGUUUUGUUACAAAAAAAAAAAUCAGAUCGAUGUCUCUGGAGGAAAAGUGGGAUUAUUCAUUUUCACAUAGCCUGUUGUCCUAAAAAGAAAAAAAAAGUCGAAGAAAUGUCCCAUGUUUUACAGUCCAAUUGUACGGGGGGAGAUGAAUUGUAUUGCUGUGUUAUUAAGGUUCUGCUUUUUAUAUUUACUCCACAAUUAAAAAUCAGGUCUUACAAGCAUCUAUCAGUAAUGGACUUUUGACACUCGAGAUGUCUUUUGUGACAUGAAGCCAGGGCUUUGCCUUCCUUACGGAGACCCAUUGUUAUUACUUUCUGUUUGAAGUCAUGUGCUUGAAUGCACUUAUGGAGCUCAAGAUGGGGGUUUGUAACAACAACAGUGCUUAUUUUCUGCCUUGAGGUAUGUAGCUUAAUUGAAAACAAUAAUUGUUUCUGUACUGUGAGUCAGUGGAUACUAAAGGAAUAUGUGUUACAUAGGAGUAUUUUUUGGGGGG